UACAGUCUCAACUGUAUUAUAAUGUUCAAUCAGUCUACGCCCAGCAGGCUACGCUCUGGAAACGGUAACCAAAACCGCAGAGUUACCCGCCAGGUAGCGUCUUCAGCCCCUCCCCUUUCAGGUGAGCUGUGUAGGGCACCUGAACGGACGGAGCGCCUCACCUGGCUCACCUUGCAGCCGCUCUGAAACUCAAUGCUGCGGCACAAAGACGCCGGGAAAUAAACCGUUAUUGUUUCAGAGGACAUGGAGCCGGUCUAUCGGGGUCUGGGUCGCUGUGUGUGCUGCUUUUGGCUCGCGGUGGCCUUUGACAUUGUGGGACUGGCCGUACUCCUCAUCGGGGUGUUUGUUAACGUGUUUUUCUACGACCUGCUCAUCUACGCGGGCGCCAUCGUCAUCUUCCUCAGCCUCGUCUGGUGGGUUUUCUGGUACUCUGGGAACAUCGAGGUGCCCCCGGCAGAACUGGAGGAUGAUGUCGGGUUACUGAAGAAGAAUAAGGGCGGUUUGGGCGGCAUCAGCGGCGCUGUGAGGCGCCUCUCCAACCGCGUGUCCAGCGGUAUUAGGAACUCUUUCCGCAGAAACGGGGAAGCGUCCACGACCCGCACGGCCCACGCGCACAGGUCAGCCUCAGGGCCUCCGGUGCAGCCGAGCGCGGGGCAGGUGACCGUAACCAUGGCAACGAUGGGUAAUACCCCACAGACGGUCUCCUCAGGAGCAGACUGUGGCAUAAAGAUGCCCCCCACAGCUACAGAGACCUCACCUACAUAAUGUGGGGAGAACAGAGACUACGGACUUACAGAGCCCUGAGGCUUCUUCGGUGACUCCAGCAAAUGCAUUCAUAAGAAUGUGAUGUCUGCAAAGCUGUUUUUAGUUGUUGAGUAUAAGAUGUCUAAACAAAGUGUUUUCUUUAACAGAUUAAUGUAUUUUUAAUCCAUAUGUCAGCAUCCACGGAGCCUGGAUCUAGUCAGUUUGACAUUACCAUACAUAUUGUGGGUCAAAGGGUGUGAAUGUGUUUUAAGAUGAGUUUUAAAAAUGGACAAUGUAGGUGACUGUCUGACAUGCAAAGGCAAUUUAUUCCAUAGCCAAGUGGCACCAACAGAGAAUGCUCUGUCUCCUCUGAGCUUCUGCUUAGAUUUCUGUAAAUGUGAGAGCAACUGGUCAAAUGACCUGCGUGUAGAGCCGAACAGCUCAGAGAGGUAAUUAGGAUUUCAAAUAUAAGAACUUUGAAAUGGAUUCUAAAGCAUAUGCAGCCAGUGCAGUGAAGCCAGAACAGGUGUGAUGUGCUUUUUAUCCCCCUACAUGUUCGAGUCAAAGGACACAGAGGCAUUUUGAACCAGCUGGAGACGUGAGAGGGACUGACUCCAACAUAGCUCAGAUGUAUUAAAGGCAUGUAUUACUGUCUCCAAAUGCUGCCUAGAGAGGAAGGGUGUCACCUUUGCCUAUUGCUUUAAAUGAAAGAACCUCAACUUCCUUACUGCACCAAUUUGUCUGUCCAGUUUAAACUCAACAACCAUUAUAAUAAAGCCCAAAUUUAACUAUGGGCAUAAUGUGUACUCAAAGGGGGCACUGGGUCAAAACACCAACAUUUCAGUCUUUUCAUUAAAAUGUAAAAAGUUUAGGACCAUCCAAGCUUUAAUGUCAUCAGGACAUACAAGAAGUGCUUUAGCUAAGAAGACAUCCUUUCACUUUAAUGGCACUAUCAGUGUGGCAGUGACAGGAGAUCCCAUGCUUUCUAAUGAAUCCCAGGAAGCAGAUAAAGUGCAAAAAACAAUGGCCCUAAACUUGAGCCCUGCGGAAUCCCACAUAAUAGGGGAGCAAUAUUAUAGCUUAAUGUUUUAACCUAACAUGCUGAUUACAAUUUGAACUAAAGCUGACCUAAAAUGUAAUCAAACACAUUUGUCAUACUGUAAGAAAAAAGUCACCUUUUGUAGGAUAUGUAUGUAUAUCUAAGAACUGAAGACGCUGUGAAAAUGUACCAUCUCAUGACCUUAGACUGUAUAUGUGAGAGUGUGAAGCCACUGUGGAAGUAUCCUAAACAAAGAGCAUGCUGUGGAUUUGAAAGUUAGAUCUGUCCUGUGAUCAUGAAAUUAGGUUUCAAAAAGCUAAGCUGGUGACCACAAAUUCACUCAGCUUAAGGCUUUGCAGCAGAAACUCACUAACCAAUAGGUGAUGUCACAGUGGCUAUGUUCAUCUUUUAUAUACAGUCUAUGGUCAUGCUCAGAUGCCAUCUUUAAGUUUUUAUCUCUACUGUUGUUAAUAUUUGUAACCAUUGUGUGUAAAAUGUCUUUGUGUCUGAACUGCUCUGUUGUGAUAUUGUUGUGGCAGUUAAUCUAAUUUGUUCUCAUGUUGCUCUUAUAAAAGAGGCUUCA